GGUUUGUCUGCUGACUUAGCUUUCCAAUAAGAGUCAGAAACACCUGCUGCUCUGUCAGUUCAGAAGAGAGGGCAGGUCACUCGCUGUUAACUCGGCACUGGGAGAAGGAACAGGCAGAGAUGGCUGCAAAUACUGCUCAGCCUAUGGAGAGCCUGCCCAGCGGACUGGGGAUAUGCACCACGGCCCCGGAUAUAUUUUACCUGCCUGAACUGGUGUUUGGUGGUUUGGUGUGGAUCCUGGUGGCAUCCACCCACGUAAGCCCACCGAACCCUUUGGGCUGGGUGAUGUUUGUCUCUGUCUUCUGCUUCGUCAUGACUUUCCUCUGGAUGAUCAUCUUCGCUGCUGGAGGUCAUAAGAACAGCUCUGGCUGGGCUGCUGCUGACUUUGCUUACCAUGGACUGGCAGCAUUCUUCUACCUCAGUGCAGGGGUGGCUUUGGCUAACAUCACCUUCAUGAAAAAAUCAGGCGAAUUUAAAAUCUACCAGAUUGACAUCGCUGCUGUGGUGUUCGCCUACCUGGCCACGCUCCUCUACUUCAUCCACACCAUCCUCUCCGCCAUCCGAUGGAAAAACUUCUGAAGAGUGACGCUGAAUCACACACCUGUGUGUCCAAGAAGUACUGUGCAUCCUGUGUGCCUCUGUGUGUCUAUGUGUACAGUAUGUGUGUGUGGGUGUAUAUGAUGGAAUUACCCACAAAUGACAUCAACCUGGUAAAAUUCACAAUGAAGGUUUUAAGCCAUAAGGUCAUAAGCAAAUGAAGAGUUGUACCCUAGAAAUGUCAUUUGUAAACAAAAAAUGACAUUAAAUCAAUAUUUUUUUCUAACGCACGAGCUCAAUAUAUAUCGUUUUUCCACACAUUUUUAGCCACUGAUCAUUUAUUACAUAAGAGAAGGUCUCAUAUUUUUUAGUCUUAAAGAACCAGUGAAUAUGGUGUAAAUUUUAUUAUUGCAGGCUGUUUUCAAUAGUAAACAUACAAAAUGAUCACUAGCAUUAAAUAAAAUCUCAUAUUUUAUUUCUUCAUAUUAUCAUCCAUGUUGAGCCUUUAACAAAUAUUUUCACUGUAUUUAUAUCAUAAGCAUACAGUAAAUAUAUAAAUAAAACAUUGUUGCAACAUAUUGCAUGUAUUUUGAACAACAGCAACAACAAUAUAAAACUAAAUGAUGAGCAGAGUUAAUGUUGUGUACAGAACAUGUUAAUGUUGGUGUAAUCAGUGUUGAGUUAGGAGGUUCCUGAUGAUUUAAUAAAAGAGCGUACACCAGCGCUGAAAUGGAGGUGAUUGAGCUAUGAUAAUAAUUAAGCAGAGAAAAGAAUAGAAGCUCCGGUGGAUGGAAAUUAUGAAAUAAAACUGAAUAAGAAGUAGUUUGCAUGCUCAGUGACAAUGCAGCGUUAUGAAGUUAAUGGAAUAGUUUAACAUUUUGGAUAUAUGUUUAUUUGCUUUCUUGCAGAGAGUUAGAUGAGAAGAUUGAUACUCUCAUGUUUGUCCCUUAAAUAUGAAGCUACCACCAGUAGCCAGUUUGUUUAGCUUAGCACAAAGACUGGAAACGGGGGGAAACAGCUAGCCUGGCUCUGUUCAAGGUAACAGCCUAGUGGUAGCCUACCAGCACACCUAAAGCUUCUGAAUUAACAUGUUAUAUCUUGUUUGUUUAAUCCGUGCAAAACCCAAAGUGUACAACUCCUAUUGUACCAAGAAAUAGUAGACAUGCAAACAAAAACCGCAAUGACUUACUGGAAAUUUCCCUUGUUGCCUGGCAACCUAACAGGAAGUUACUGCUCCCAGCCAAGAGACAAUCCCACACUAAAACACAGGCAAAACAACAAAUUGUUGUUUUUACACUUUGUUUUUGGUACAGAUCAAACAAGAUAUAACAUGUUAAUUAAUGACCUUUAGAGGUGCGAUAGAUGGAUUUUUGUUGCCUUUGGACAGAGCCAGGCUAGCUGUUUCCACCUGCUUCCAGUCUUUAUGCCAAGCUAAGCUAACCAGCUGCUGGCUGUAGCUUCAUGUUUAACGGAAAGACAUGAGAGUGGUAUGGAUCUUCUCAUCUAACUCUUGGCAAGAAAGUGAAUAAGUGUAUUUCCCAAAAUGUCUAACUAUUGCUUUAAGGGGACAGGACAAGGGACCCCCCCUAAAGAAUAACAAAUGGGGAUUGUUUCUUGGGCAGAAGAUAGUUCCAUUGAAAUGUGUGGAGAUGUGUGGAUUAUCCACAGUAACCAAGACAUUGUUUCUGGAAAGACAAAUUGCUGUUUUAAAAAAAAGUCUUUGAGCUUAGAGUUCACCUGUAUAUAGCUCAACAGUGAGAGCCCACUAUUUUAAUGGCUCCGAUUCCGGAAGUGAAUUUCCCAUUUAUUCAGUCCAUGGCGGUUCAGAAAAUCCUUAUCCUUUUAAGAGGCCUGGAACCAAGCCAACCAACUACGAGAUGAAUCAUGACCAUAAAACAUUUGAUUCGGAGCAAAAAAAAAAAAAAGAUUUUAAAACGGAAAAAAAGGCACAGGUACAAGACUGUGUGCGUAAUUAUUUGUGUGAAGGAACAACGCAUCCCAUAAACCAUUGCAAAUGAUACAUUUCGAUCACACGAUAGUAGCACGCAUCUUCUUGAAUUUAGCUUUGUCAUUAUUAUAGUGUUGUAGGGAUUCUCUAAAAAAAGGAAGCAUGUCAGAAAGGGAAAUCAUGGUUGAUCUACGGUAAAUGUAACGUAAACAAACGUAGAGUUCAGCGGUAGCAGUAACUCACUAGCUAAACCUGUUGUAAGUUGUAAGUGCGUGAAUAAAGUUUAAAAAAAGCUCAAUAGCUGUUCGUGGGUGCGGUAAACAUUUCCAUGUUAAUAGCUAGCUCCACCAAUCAGAGACGUCGCUGUAACACUUUAGGAUUGUGGGUAGUGUAGUACUUUUCCAUGAGAUUGUGAAUAAAAUGUGUUUUUCUUAAAACAAGGUUGAUAUCAUACAGACUUGUGGCUUCUACAGGAGCAUAUACCAUCCUUUCACAAUCUCACAGCUCGUGGUAAGUCUACCUUUGAUGGUUACGACACUAUGGCUAAUAAUCAAAAUCCUCUAUUCAGAAUAAGAUUAGGAUUUUCACUUUCGGAACCAUCUCAAAACCUUGUUAAAUAAAAUGACAAAAAUGUGCACUGGUAGCUAGUUGCAGGUGAGAAAAUAUUUUUUUGUGAUUUGGGUGAACUAUAUCAAGUUAUUUAAAACCUUUUUUUGUUACCUUUAUUAUAUGGUAUGUUCUUAAAUCUAAACAGUUACCUCUUGCUGCCAUCAGAGCCAUCUCCCUUCCCUUUGUGAUUUGUGAUCAGACUGACAGACGUUUGUUUCCCUAUAGUAACUAAAAACUCACUGAUCUUUAGAUUUUUACUGCCAAUUAUUCUUUUGCAUCAUGUAGAAUUAGUGUCAACAAAUCAUCAUUACUUAAAGGAUGGUAAAGUGCAUUUUUUAGGUAUAAGACCUCGGGCUGAAAUUUGUAUAGUUAUGCCAUUUUUGUAUUCUCAAGAUUAAAAUUAAAAAUCUAUAUCUAUUUUAAAAGAUUAAAAUAGAUAUAGAUGUAAACAUGA